UUGGACUUCCCAAAUUUAAUGAACAACAAAUGAUGUUUAAUUUAGAAAAUAUAAAUUUACCAUCAAUGAAUACACCUCAAGUGGUGGAUUGUCUUUUUACUUUAUAUUAUGAUUGGAAUUAUGUAACAGGACUAAAACUUUUUGGAUAUUCAAAAAUGAAUAUGGGACAAUCAAACCAUAAAGGAAUUAAUAAUACUUUAAUACUUGAUAAGGAAAAUUUGAAAACAGUAAAAAUAGUGAAUUGGGAAGUUAAAGCUGAAGAUGUUUUUCUAGCGUUGGAUAAGUCACGUGAAUAA